GCUGGACUCUGAACAUCAGCAGGGGAACCGAAGACACCCCAGGAGCCGGGACGCACAGCUGGGGGAGGGUGCCGGCCAUGCUCGGGAGAGUGGGACACGGGGCAGAAAGGGGGCUGCUGCUGGGACGUAGGGACACUUGUGAGAAAUGGUCACAACUGCUCGGGGCACCCACCUGUUAGACAGAGGCUUGCCACUGGGUGUGGAGAGGACCCCCUGGAGCUGGCAGCACCCCUGGGAGGCUGGGGCCACAGCUGCAUGUGGCGAUGCACAGGAUCGCCCCUCUCCAGGUGGUGCACACCGGGUAGGAGGUAGCCCCAGGUGCACGGGAACUUCUGACAGAGCAUGAGAGGUCCCUGCUUGGGAUGAGGGUUCAAGUCUUACGGUGUGGGGGGGGGGGCAGGGGAGAGGGAGAGGGCUAGCAGCUUACACUAAAUUUCAGAAGCCGGGACACCUGCCACCCGCCACCUCACCUCCGGCUUAUACCUACGAAAUCACAUCUACAAGAGGAGGGGAACAGUGUUGAAAUUAGGGAUCAGGGCAAACUUCAACUGUCCUAGGAAGUACUCAGGGGGCGCCCCAAGAUGGAGCUGCCGGAGCCCCCACCCUGCUCCACUGCGGGACAGGAGGAGCAGGAGCUGCGGGAGCGGGCCUUCUUCUCCUGGGCCGAGUUCAGCCGCUUCUUCGACGCCUGGUGUCAGCAGCGACUGGCCCUCUUCUUCGUCAAGAGCUCCAUGCACCUGGCCCGCUGCCGCUGGGCCAGCACGCCCCCGCUCUACACGCUCAUCGACGUGUUCAAGUACAGCUACGUGCGGCUGGUGUGCAAGGAUGUGCGUGCCCCCAUCCGGCCCACCGUCCGGCCCUCCCAGACCGGCUGCCCGGCCUUCAUCAUCGUCAAGCUGAGCCCCCUGCGGGACCGCCUGGUGGUGACCGAGUGCCAGCUGACCCACUCGCACCCGGCCUGCCCGCUGGAGUUCGCCUACUACUUCCGCCCGGGCCACCUGCUGGCCAACGCCUGCCUGCCUGUGCGCACCACCAACCGCAUCUCCAAGCAGUUCGUGGCGCCGGCCGACGUGCGCCGCCUGCUCUCCUACUGCAAGGGCCGCGACCACGGCGUCCUGGACGCGCUGCACGUGCUCGAGGGCCUCUUCCGCACUGACCCUGAGGCCAAGGUGAAGCUGGUGUUCGUGGAGGACCAGGCGGUGGUGGAGACAGUGUUCUUCCUGACGUCGCGCACCCGGGCGCUGCUGCGGCGCUUCCCGCGGAUGCUGCUGGUGGACCGGCUGCCGGGGCUGCAGGGCGCGCUGGACCUGCUCGCCGUGCUGUGCGUGGACGGCGCGGGGCGCGCGCGCCAGGCCGCCUGCUGCGUGGCGCGGCCGGGGACGCCGAGCCUGCUGCGCUUCGCACUGGCCUCGCUGCUGCAGAGCGCGCCCGACGUGAAGGGCCGCGUGCGCUGCCUGACCGCCGGGCCCGAGGUGGCGGCGCAGCUGCCCGCCGUGCGCCAGCUGCUGCCGGGCGCGCGCGUGCAAAUCUGCCGCGCGCAGGGCCUGGAGGCGCUCUUCAGCAAGGCGCAGGAGCUGGGCGGCGCGGGCCGCGAGGACCCGGGGCUGUGGGCGCGCCUGUGCCGCCUGGCCGGCGCCGCCUCGCCCGCCGCCUACGCCGAGGCCCUGGGUGAGCUGCGCGCGCACGGCCCCGCCGACUUCGUGGACUACUUCGAGCGCAGCUGGGCCCCGCGCCGCGACAUGUGGGUGCGCUUCUGCGCCUUCGAGGCGGCCCGCGACCUGGACGCGUGCGCGCUGGUGCGCAGCCACCGCCGCCGCCUGCUGCGCCGCCUCGGACCUUGCCGCAGCGUGGCGCAGUGCCUGCGGGACCUGGUGGCCAUGCAGUGGGCCGACGCGGGGCUGGAAGCCCCGGAGGGCGCGCAGUGGGGAGGGACCGUGCGAGAAGGGAGUCUGAGAACAGAAGCCCCGUUGCAAAAGGAGGGCUCCCGGGACCUGGGAGCCGGAGCCGGAGAACAGCCAGAAAGCCAGCGGGAGUCGGGACCCCAGGCCCUAGCUGGGAGCGGGGUGCAGCUGCAGAGCCGGCAGGGAGGAGGCCUGCAGGGGGGUGUGUGGCGACGGUCCCCUCUGGAGGACGAGCGCUUGAGGGAGCCGGAGAUCAGAGACUGGAGGGGGUCCUCUCUGGGGGCUGAGAAGGUUUGGGGUCUGAAAGGCUAUGUCCUGAGGGGAUGCCCUUGGGAGGAUGGGGAUCUAAGAGGGUUGGACGGCUAUGCCCGGAGGGUGACCCAGAUGGAAGACCGCAGGAUUCCAGUGCUGGAGACCUCGGAGAGGAGGAGUGCCCCACUGGAUUAUGAGAGGGCCAGAAGUCUUGAAGGGAACUCCUGGAGGGGGGCCCAGGUGCACGACCACAGGGCGGGCGUGGUAAAAACCAGAGACUGGAAGGGGAAGGAGAGGGAGCUGGAGACGAGAAGCUGGAGGGGGUUUCAUUUGGAGGAGCCACCAGAGUUGAUCCCUGCCAACGGAGAUCCAAGGGGAUCCCACUGGACCGAUGGGAGGCAGAGAGAGCCAGAGAGGGAGGAGAGAGGAGUGAAGUUGGGGGUCAAAAGAAGGAAACUGGAAGACGUGGUUCUGGUCCAGCUCGGGGACACGAGGGUGGCAGGUCUGGAGAAUGGAGAGGGAGCCCACUCAGGGGACCCCAAGAGCAGGGGAGGGCCAGGGGUGGAGUGCGGGGACCUAGGAGGCAGGUGUCUAGGGCUUCGGACUGGAGUCCUGUGUGGCACCCCUGAGGGGACUGUAUUGGAGGGUGAUCCAAAACGGGGAGGGAACAGGAGGGGAGAGGCCGCAGGGGAGAGCCCGCAGGAAGGAGCAGACAGAGAAGGUCCCUGGGAACCUAAGAGGCCUUGUUGCCCCUCCGAGGAGCAGCAGACAGAUUGGGAGGCCCUGGCCAAGUUCCGGGCAGCCUGUGGGGCUGAGCUGGCCGCCCUGGUGGCCGAGGAGCUGGCCUUUGCCAGGCAGCACGGGACACAGGGUUUCCACUGGACGGGAGCCGGUUUUGCCCUCCAGGACGGUUCGUCGGACUUCUACAUGGACAGCGUCCUGACCCGCUGCAGCUGCUCCAUUCACGCCGCACACCGCCUGCCCUGCCGCCACCUGUUCGCCGCUCGCCUCCUCACCGGGGCUGCCUUAUUCCACAUGGACCUGCUCAAGGAUUGCUGGGGCAGAGCCCCUGAGCCCUGACGCUUCACAGCUGCAGCCCACUCCCCUCCCCUGGGAGAGCGGAUGGGCAUUCUUUGAUCCCAAAGAUAACAGGGCUGAGGCCCGCUCCAUGCAAGGACCUCAGUCUUGGUAAUGUGCCUCUCAGGGCCCAGCGUGUGCUGACAGUGGUCUCCUGGGGUGCAGCUGUGGAAAGUGAUGGCCAGCAGGGUGGAUUCUGGGGGUACCCACCAGGAGAGGGAGUGUGUGACCUGUGGUGUAGGCAAGGUCAGGCAGGGUGAAAGGAAGGAAGGAAAGAACUAGAGGGACAAGGCUGGGGAUGGCAGGGGAGGCAGACAAGGAGGAAUGGGGGAAAGUGGGAGAGGCAAGGAUGGACAAGAGGAAAAGGAGACACAUCAAAGGAAGUUCUGGAAGACUGGCUGAGAAGAAACCAGAAGGGAGUGGUUUUUUCCUUUUUUUUUUUUUGCCUCCAGGGUUAUCGCUGGAGCUCAGUGCAGCAUUACAAAUACACUGCUCCUGGCAGCCUUUUUUUUUUUUUUUUUUAAAUCAGAUAGGACAGAGAGAAAUUAAUAGAGAAGGGGGAGAUAGAGCGGGGGAGAGAGAGACACCUGCAGACCUGCUUCACCACUUGUGAAGUGUCCCCCCCCCCCCGCAGGUGGGGGAGAUGGAGGGAGGGCUGGAACUGGGAUCCUUAUGUGGUUCCUUGUGCUUUGUUACUGUGUGUGCUUAACCAGGUGUGUUACUGCCCAGCCCCUGAUUUCUGUACUUCUCCAAGGCCUAGAAACAUAGGUCCUCUGCAUUUUCUAAGGGGUCAUAAUCAGAAGUGACAAAGUAAACAGGGCAACUAGGAGGGUGGCUGGAGCCUCCCCAGCAGGAGAGGGAAGCCAUCUGGUUCAUUGUUCUUCAAGCUUGUAAUAAAGCUGUGUUAUUUUGGU